AUGGAUGACUUCCUCCCGCCAUCUGUGUUACUGCCCUUCGCCGCUGUAGGUCUAGCCCUCGUCCUCUACAAGCUCGCGGCCUUUUUCCGCAUGCUCUUGAGCCUCUUUGUUUUGCCAGGCCAGCCUGUCCAGAAAUUUGGCCGGAAAGGGUCUUGGGCAGUAGUAACCGGCGCCUCCGACGGCAUCGGCAAAGAAUUCUCGCUCCAGCUUGCGGCCAAAGGCUUCAACGUCCUGCUCAUCUCCCGUACCCAAUCCAAGCUCGAUGCCCUUGCGCAAGACAUCUCGUCCAGAUAUGACGUCGAGGCGAAAGUCUACGCCAUGGACUUCGCCCGAAACGACGACCGAGAUUAUCAGAACCUCAGCAGUAUCCUCGCAGACCUCCCGGAUGUCUCAAUCCUCGUCAACAACGUGGGCCUCAGCCACAGCAUACCCGUGCCGUUUGCACAGACCCCGGAGGACGAGAUGAAGGACAUUAUCACCAUCAAUUGCAUCGGCACGUUACGGAUGACGAAGCUUGUUACCCCGAUCCUCAUCCAGCGCAAACGCGGGCUUAUCCUGACGAUGGCCUCCUUCGGCGGCGUUCUACCCACACCCCUGCUGGCAACUUAUAGCGGCUCCAAGGCGUUCCUCCAGCACUGGUCGUCGGCUCUCGGCUCGGAACUCGCACCGUACAACAUCAGGGUGCAGCUUGUGCAGUCCUACCUCGUCACCUCCGCUAUGAGCAAAAUCAAGAGGCCGAGCAUGAUGGUCCCGACGCCGAAGCAGUUCGUGAGGGCGGCAUUGAGCAAAGUCGGGAGGAGUGGGGGAGCGAGUGGGAUUGCGUAUACCUGUGCGCCGUACUGGAGUCACGGGAUCAUGUUAUGGGCAUUGGAGACUUUUGUCGGGACGCGGAAUAAAUUCGUCAUUGAUUUCAACAAAAAAAUGCAUGAGGACAUUAGGAAAAGGGCUCUGAGGAAGGCGGAAAGGGAGGGCAAAAAGAUCGAAUGA